AUUGUAUAAAAAUAAAGAUCUACAUAAACCUUUUGAAUAAUUAUUUGUAAAUAAUGACUACUAAUUGUUAAAUAUUGUAUCGAACUUCACAUAAAAUAUACUUGUAUGUUUCAACAUUUUAUUUGAAUAAUUAUUAUUGAAAUAAAUAUUGUUUAUAAAUAUGUGGUUGUAAUUUUUUAUUUGUAAUUAUAAUAAUAUUUAAGAUAAUAAAAUUUAAAACUAUAUUUUUGUAUAUUGGCCCGCGGGCCAACCCGCAACCCGGUGGGCCAACCCACUUAAACCCACAACCCGCGUGGGUUGACCCGCGAAACCCGCGAACUAAAUGGGUCGGAAAUUUUCAACCCUAACCCACCAAUAAAUGGGUUUAAAUGGGUCAGCCCGCGGGUUUCGGCCCAUUUUGACAGCUCUAGCAGCAGUCCUUCAGGCAUUCGAUCUGCUCACUAUGAAGACUGAGGAUAUGGAUUUCACAUCUAUAGUAGAAUUGCAACUAAAGAAUGGAGCUUCUUCCCUUGACAGCUCUUUGUUGGAGUCAAAGCCUAUAAUAUCUACUUGGUGUUAUGGACUUGUCUUAUGGUUCAACAGUGGAUUCACAUAUAGGUUCUGUAAGGAAAUGCCAACAAAUCUGUCGUCUCCAUACCAGCCAACAACACACUAGUCACAGACUUUACUGACCUUCCAAGAACCAAUUGCAAUGUCAUUAGGAAGUCCAUCACCAUCUCUGUUAUCAUGUUGUCAUGGCGGCGGUGGCAAGUUAGAAGCACUAGGUACCAAUGCCUCUCCGGCUGUAAGAAUACAAUCCCACAUUAGUAUCGCGCGUUCUGUGUUCUAUUCAGCAUCGCAGCAUUGACAUCUCCAUGGAAGUAACAACAGUUGGUCAUGAUGGGAGAAAACACAGUUGGCCAGGUCAACUCUUUAAUUUAUAAUUAUAGUGGUAAUUUUGGGCUCAGUUAUAAUCCAAGCCCUAAGAGAGGGCCGUUUUUGACUUCAUCCUAUACCACCAUAUCUUUUUUUGAGUUGUAUUUCUCUUGUGUUGAAAUACAUUUAAGUUAUGUUACCUCCCAUCAAAGUUACUUAUUCUUGCUUUAGGCGCUAGUGAAAUGGUGGGCCGACUUGAUCGAUUAAGAGAUCUAGUGCAAUUUAUUUAAAUUAGGCCUUAUAUUAAAAUAGAAAUUGCUCUAAAUAGGAGUAAAAAAGUUUUGAAAUUCCAAAAUAGGAGUAUCAUGUUUUUUAUUCCUUGAAUAGGAGUAAAUUUCUGCUAAGUUUGACAUUACUAGUCUUUAAAACAUUGCAUUUUCUUCCAAACUUGGCAGAUUACUCCUAUUUAGGGAAUAAAAAACAUAAUACUCCUAUUUUGGAAUUUCAAAACGUUUUUGCUCCUAUUUAGAGCAAUUUCUAUUUUAAUAUAAGGCCUAAUUUAAAUAAAUUGCACUAGAUCUCUUAAUCGAUCAAGUCGGCCCACCAUUUUGUCAUUGCAAAGUUAAUUAUUUCACGAGGCGAACCUCAAACUCUUUAGUAGGCUGUAGGACUAUCAAUUUGAUAGAGACGCGGUUACGCGUUACGUAUUCAGAACAUUGUGAAUCAAAAGUCAAAAUGAAAACUACAAAUGUUUCAUAAAGUUAUAGAAACCAUUACAAGUAAAUUACUUCCUCCCUUUGUGAGGUCACAACUUAUAAUGAUUGACUGAGGUAAACACCUAAAAAAACCAAGGACGAUUGACUAGUUUUUUUACUGGAAGGGACUAUUGACUAAAUAGAAAAGUUUAUUAGUUUUAUUCGGAAUAGAAAAUAAGUGUUUAAAAUCAUUAUCAUUACCGGCAAAAAGUGGAAUGAGGAAAUAAUAGCGGCUAUUUUCAAUGAGGAGGAAAGCAAAAUGAUAAGUAGCAUCCCUAUCCGUCUUUCAUGACAAAAAGGAUGGUUUUUGGUGGAGCAAAGAACAAAAUGGUAUUUUCACUGUUAAAAGUUGCUAUAAAACCUUAAUGCAAGGAGUGGCAAAAGGAGGCUGGGGCGGCUGGAAAGAUCUUUGGGAGCUCAAAAUCCCACCAAAGGUUAAAUAUUUUAUGUGGCAGGUUUUAGAUGGAUCUAUCUCUUCCGUCAUUUGCAAACCUGGAACGAAAAGGUGUGCCGAUCCAAAAUAUUUGCAAAGCUUGUGUGGAGGGAGCUGAAGACUCGGACCAUGCGUUGCGGUGCUGCCCGAGAGCUGCUGAGGUCUGGUCGGAGGCUGGAGUAGAUAUAGGUAGCAAGGAGACUUCUCUGAAGGAUUGGCUUCAAGAGGUGCCGGCGGCUCCAUAUAAGGAACGAAGGUGUAAGGGAGCUAUGCUAACUUGGAGACUGUGGAAACACAGGAAUGCGUUCGUGUGGGAGAACGACUGGCAGAAUACGGCCAGUGUCAUCCUUGCAACGCCAGUGUGCUGCAGGCAUGGAGGGAUGUGCAGCAAACGGUGGUCAAACCAAGGAGCAGUGGGAGGAGUGAAGCCUAGAGCUGGAAAUGACCAAAAGCGAGAGGAAUCAAGAUUAAUGUGGAUGCGACAGUUGAUUGCAUCGGGGGAGUAAGAGAAUGGGGUUGGCUUUCCAGGAAUGAGCAGGGCGAUUUUGAGAAGGCAUGUGGUGCUUCAUGUAAGGCGGAAUGGUCACGAGUGGAAGCGGAAGCGGUGAGGAUACGCAAGUUAAUACUUGAAGCUAUUAAGGAAGGAUGGGAAAAUGUUGAGAUAACCAAGCAUUCCAGCUCAGCUGGUUGUGAGGUUAUCGUGCCUAGUGGGAGGUAUCGAGUUAAAAACCCGCUAGCAAGAACGCAUGUUGCUAUCUCAAAUCAAAAUAGGAGUUAUAGUUUAAUACCGGACUGCAUUGUAAGCCAUGUUGCGAAUGAUCAACAUAUAAUUUCACUAUUAUCGUAUUUUUAAUAGUGAAAUUAAUAAAGAGGUUUGGUUCCGG